UACCUGAUAAUAUCAGCUGAAAAACCCGGCUUGUAGUCAAAACCCUCUACUUACUGUCUUUAGUUGCUUCUCCACGUCUGUCCUAAAUAAUCCCAGUAGCCAUGUCCGCCGCAGCCGCCAGGUUUUUCCUUCGCUCCACAGCCAACCGAACUGCUGGGCUUGCCUCUGUAUCCAAGUCCUGUCUCGGAAGCAAACGAGCAUUUUCUCCAUUCCGUAUCUCGAAGCAAAGUCCCCUGUCACACCGCAUUUUCAGGUCACCGGUGGAAAUGAGCUGCUGUGUGGAGACGAUGCUUCCAUAUCACACUGCGACUGCUUCAGCCUUGCUUACUUCAAUGCUCUCCGUCUCUCGCUGUAGCUAUGGUUGGACCCCUGAAGGGCAAUGCAAGCCUAGAUGAAGAGCAAGCAACCAAAGAUGCAGUCAUUUGGAUUCUUUUCUAAUAAACUUUUUUAAAGUAUUGGCUCUUUUUUCUUUGUUUUUUUUUUCUCAAGAAAGUAGUUAACUGAGGAGAUGACUCUUCUGGAAAUAAUGUUGACAGUUGAGAUAUUGAAUUCUAUCGAGGGGUUUUGUGAAUUUUUUUCUGUUCCUAUAUCUCCUCUUCUUUAGACAUUGGAAACAAAUUAAGCUUUUGCUUCAGCAAUUUUUAUGUCUGUAGCCAUUGAACUAGAUUUUUCUGCUGUAGAAGGCUCCUUUGUGAAAAGGACCACAAACCCCUAUCUGGUUCAAAGAUAAUUGUUAUACAGAGAAUUUGCAUUUUUCCA